AUGGCUUCCGAAGGCCCUCUGUACUUGGGCUUUGACCUUUCCACCCAACAGCUCAAAGCCAUCGUGGUCGACUCUGAUCUCCAGACAGUCGCUCAGGCCAAGGUCGACUUUGACGCAGAUUUCAAGGCCACAUACCAUAUCACCCAUGGCGUCCACCACAGAGACUCGACGGGCGAGGUGUACGCCCCGGUCGCCAUGUGGGUGGAAUCUCUCGAUCUCGUCCUCAAACGCCUGAAGGACGCCAUGCCCGUCCCAAUGAGCCGUAUUCGUGGCGUUUCGGGCAGUGGCCAGCAGCACGGCAGCGUGUACUGGAACGAGCACGCAGAGAAGAUCCUGGGCGGCCUCAAGCCCAGCGAGGACCUCGUGGGACAGAUCAAGGGGGCAUUGGCCAAUGAGUGGAGUCCCAACUGGCAGGACCAGAGCACGCAAAAGGAAUGUGAUGCUUUCGAUGCGGAACUAGGUGAUCGAGAGGCCCUGGCUGAGGUCACAGGCAGCGGCGCACACCACCGCUUCACAGGCCCCCAGAUUAUGCGUCAGCGCAAGGUCAAACCAGACAUGUACAAGGCAUCGACACGCAUCUCACUCAUCUCUUCCUUCCUAGCCUCACUUUUCCUGGGUGACAUCGCCCCCUUGGAUAUCAGCGACGUCUGCGGAAUGAAUCUGUGGGACAUGAAGACACAGACAUGGUCCGACGGCCUCCUCAAGCUCACGGCGGGGUCCCAGGACGACGCCGAGAUCCUCAAGAAGAAACUGGGUGAGCCCAGGAGUGAUGGUGGCGCCAGCUUCGGCACCGUCUGCAACUACUUCGUCGACAAGCAUGGCUUCUCCAAGGAAUGCCAGGUCAUCAGCUUCACGGGUGACAACCCUGCCACCAUCCUCGCCCUUCCUCUCCGACCCCUGGACGCCAUCGUGUCAUUGGGCACGUCCACCACGUUCCUCAUGAACACACCCAAGUACAAGCCCGACGGCUCGUACCACUUUUUCAACCACCCCACCACAGAGGGACACUACAUGUUCAUGCUGUGUUACAAGAACGGCGGUCUGGCGCGGGAGAAGAUCCGCGACCAGCUGCCCAAGCCAGAGAACGGCGCCACGGGAUGGGAGAACUUUAACGACGCGGCCGUCCAGACACCACCGCUCGGCGUGGCGAGCAAGGAGGACAGGGCCAAGCUGGGUCUCUAUUUCUACCUGCGCGAGACAGUUCCCAACAUCCGGGCCGGCAACUUCCGCUUCACGGCGGCGCAAGACGGCUCCGAUCUACGACGGGAGGAGGCUGGCUUCGAAGCGAAGACAGACGCAAGAAUCAUCGUAGAGAGCCAGGCCUUGUCCAUGCGUCUCCGGUCACAGAACCUCGUGCACGCCCCCGAUGCGGCAGGGAAGCUCCCCGCGCAACCCAGGAGGAUUUACCUCGUCGGCGGCGGCUCACUCAACCCCGCCAUUGCCGAGAUUAUGGGCUCAGUGCUCGGCGGCUGCGAGGGCGUGUACAAGCUGGACGUCGGCGGCUCGGCCUGUGCCCUGGGUGGUGCGUACAAGGCACUGUGGGCGUUGGAGCGCAAGGGAGGCGAGACCUUUGACGAGCUGAUUGGCAAGCGUUGGAAGGAGGAGGGUGCCAUUGAGAAGGUCGACGUGGGCUUCAGGGAUGGUGUCUACCAGCAGUACGGCAAUGUGCUCGGUGCAUUCGAGGAGAUGGAGAAGCGGCUGUUGGCGGAAGAGAAGGAGUAA